UUGGGUUUAGUUUUAGGGUUCUUGCGAGAGGAGCGCAUCGAUCCAGCUCGCUCGGCCCCCGACACGACGCAUUGACGCGUAGAAAACAAGCGCCCCAUUUGAUGCGCAGAUCUGAUCCCUCGCUGUGUGUGGGGAUCUAGCCACUCGCAAGACGAUGAUGAGCGUUCUCUCACGGGUGGAGCGUCGGCAUUAGGAAGAAGGGGGCAGAGGCAAUGGAAGCAAGUGACUGCCAGUAUGAAGGGAUUUGCUGGUCGAUUGUCCAUCUCGGGCCUGGUGCUGCUUCUGUGCAUGGUGUCGCUGGUCUCGCAGUUGCGGCAAGACGGUGUCAUCGUUCACUCUCAUAUUGAUGUGAAUUCUCUUUGGACGAGCUCUUCUUCUUCUGGUUGGAGGCCUUCCUCGGCUCCCAGAUCUUUUUGGCCGCCCCCUCCCAAGGAAAGCAAUGGCUAUCUCGUCGUUCGGUGCAAUGGCGGGCUUAACCAGCAGCGCAGUGCCAUUUGUAAUGCAGUUUUGGCAGCGAGGAUAAUGAAUGCAACGCUUGUGUUGCCGGAGUUGGAUACUAACUCGUUUUGGAACGAUAAAAGUGGUUUUGCUGGCAUCUAUGAUGUAGAACACUUUAUCAAAUCCCUUAGACACGACGUCAAGAUUGUGGAGUCCCUUCCUUACGUCUCCGACAAGAAGAAGAAAAAGAUGAAGGCUUUCCAGGUUGCUUACUCGUUCUUUCAAACCAACGUCGGAACUCUUGUCUGCUGUAGAUCGCACCCUCCAAGUUGGUACGAGACCGAAGCGCUGGCUAAGAUGAAACAGCACGGCGCGAUAUAUCUCACUCCCUUUUCCCAUCUCCUAGCCGGAGAGAUUCCAAACGCCGAGUACCAGCGGUUGAGGUGCAGGGUAAACUUCCACGCACUGCGUUUCAAGCCCGACGUGAUGCAGCUGAGCAACCAGAUAGUGAGCAGGCAGGCCACUUCAUGUCGAUCCAUGCUUGCAUUCGCUGGGUGCCUCGCCGUAUUCAAACCGAAAGAGCAGGAGAUACUACAACGAGAAGCGCUUGAAGAGGUCGGUCUCAUUCUCCAGGCAAUGGACUUGGACAACUCAACGCGCGACAUCUUUGGAGGCGAGAGAAUCGUCGCCUGGAGAACCGCACUACCGUCGCUGCUCCGGAGGAGCUGGAAGCUGUCCAAGCCGAGGGGAGAGGACUUCUGGGACCGACGGUGAACUACCCGGUGUGCUUGCUCUCGGACAUCUUGAUGAGAGGCGUGAUGAGCGGUGGAACGUCGGGUGCAUUCCGAGCCGUUUUGCACGAAUCCCUGGCUGGCGAGAGGUGCCGUGCGAACACCGGCAUGAAUAUCACUGCUUUGGAGGGGGGAUCAAACGCGUCCUUUGGGACGAUGUGGAUUAUCCGGGAAAAAGUAGACGAUUUGUUCACAAAACUCUACCACAUGUAGAGAAAAAAAGAACCGAUCGCGAGUUCUACAUCA